AUAAAACGCUGUACUUAGGUCUUAAGUCUUUAUUAAGUUAUUGGUAAAGAAAAUCAUUUUUUAUUCUACAAAAAGGUGAUUAUUUCGAAUAGUAUCUACAAGGAUUAUCCCCCAUUCGUUCAGAAGCGUGGCCGCACAGCAAUACCUUACAAUAAGCCUACUUGCUACACAUAUAUGUAUCAGUCGAGGGCAUGUAUUACCGCCGCGAGCCGUGCCCACACCUUUUUAAUAAACUCAUCAACUAUAACGAAUUAAUUUAAUACUAAAAACAACAUACAACAUACGUGCUAAGAUAAAAUAAAGACUUAUUGUUAAACACAAAAAGUCCAUUUUACAUCGGUUUUAAUAUGAUAUCUAUAAACGUCAUAGUAAACGAGUUCUUUAAGAUCCUGCAAUCAGUAGGGUCCACGUCUUUAGCGCAAUGGUUGCUACGUGUGUUGAGCAUUUCCCAGGCAGUGUUCCAAACAGGUUGGCCUGAAAACUACGAGAUAUCAGAUGGUGAGAGGUUUGACUUCAUUGUGGUCGGGAGUGGGUCGGCGGGCGCUGUGGUAGCUGCUCGCCUAUCAGAAAUACCAGAGUUUAAAGUGCUGCUGCUUGAGACUGGAGGCGACCCGCCACUUACCAGUGUGAUUCCUGGUUUCUUCCCAACUCUUCAAGGCACUGAAUAUGAUUGGAAUUACAAAGCCUAUUUUGAUGAGGACGUUGGCAAGGCGCACCCGGGUGGAUACAUUAGCUACUCCCGAGGUAAAGUACUCGGAGGCUGUUCAUCUACCAACUACUUAAUAUACGCACGAGGCAAGCCCCAGGAUUAUGAGAACUGGAACCGUAUAGCCCCUGGCUGGGACUGGGAGACAGUACUGUAUUAUUUCAAGAAGUUAGAAGACAUGAAAGAUCCAGUAAUCUUUGAGCAUCCAGAAAAUGCUCGGCUCCAUUCAAUAACUGGUCCUGUGAAAGCCUCCAGACCACAACCUUUGUCCUCAACCAAUGCUAUAGAUGACUCCAGGUUACAAUCUUACGAAGAAAUGGGUAUACCACGAGUUCUAGAGAUAAAUGGGCCAGAAAUUGUAGGAGCUGCUCGACCACAUUUCAAUAUUUAUGGUGGUAGGAGAUCUAGUACUGCGGAAUCAUACCUAAAGCCAGCAAAAGACAGAACUAAUCUUAAAGUGGCCAAGUAUUCCACAGUUACUAAAGUAUUAAUUGAUCCUGGCACGUUGCGUGCGUAUGGUGUGCAGGUGUACACAUCUAGUAAGACAUACAUCCACGUAUACGCUACUGAAGAGGUGAUUGUUUCUGCCGGUACAUUCAAUAGUCCGAAAAUUCUCUUACACUCAGGAAUAGGACCUCAAGAGGAAUUGUCGAAGUUACAGAUAAAGACGUUGGUAAAUCUCCCAGUUGGUAAAAAUUUACACGAUCACCAGAUUAUACCGUUAAUUUUUAAAGGGAAACGUGGAUUAGAAUCGGCUGUCCAAAAUGUAGUAGCCGCUCCACAUUUAGAUACCUUACCUGUACCGGUACAAAGUGGUUACUUUAGGCUGAACAGUAGUGAGUACGGCUACCCAUCCAGUUUACAACCACACAUUCAAUUCUUCAACACAUACAUUGGAGCAGGUGCUGCUCCUGUUCUCUUUAUAGCAUGUAAAACUGUAGCUAACCUUGAAGAUAGGGUUUGCCUUGGACAAGCAGCAAGCAACGCUUUCAAUGAAAUAGAUUAUGUUUUCCUUGUCCUUCUACACCCUCUGUCUAGAGGGCAAGUGAAACUUCGAAGUAAAGAUCCCCUCGACGAUCCAAUGAUUGAGUUGGGAUACUUUAGAAAUAAUUAUGACCUCAAGGUAGCUGCCGAAGGAGUGAAACGCAUGAAUACUUUGAUAAACACUACAUACUUUAAAGAAGUCAAAGGAAGUAUACCCAAAUUGAGUGUGACUGCGUGUGAAAAUAUAGAAUGGGGUUCUGAUGAGUUUUGGGAAUGUUAUGCGAAGAAUACUGUGGCAUCGUUGCUGCAUGCAGUUGGUACAUGUCGGAUGGGACAGGAUGGGGUUGUGGACGAGAGACUGAGGGUGCACGGUGUGGCCAGACUGAGAGUAGUGGAUGCGUCCGUUAUCCCAUUGAUACCGAGUGGUAACACUAACGCCCCGACUAUGAUGGUAGGUGAGAAAGCUGCUGAUAUGAUCAAAGAAGACUUUUAUGCACGCAAUAGAGUGUAAUUUUAUGUAGGUUUAAAUACAAAGACAAUACUUGCCAAAGUCCUAGAGAUAACUAAACAUACAAUAAUUAUAUUAAAUACUUCUACCUCCUAAUGUAUUUGUUGGCUGUUAUUGUAGUUCGUCCAUUUACAGUGUAAGUUGCAAUUUGCUAGCAAUCUUAACGCAUUGUCAUAUAAUGUAUAAUGCCUUGACAAAAUAUAGAGUAACUUUGAGAGAAG